CCCUUUUCAAAUAGUGUUUUUUUGCACUUGUAUAUAAGUUUUCUUAUAUCUCCUACUUUCCUUGCAGGGUAAAACUUGAGCUAUACAACAAAAAUGGCUUCUGUUAUAUCAAGAGCCGUAAGGUUUCAUGAUGAUCUUGAAAAAGAGAAAUUACAAGAAGGUGAAGAAAGUCACAUGGAAAUGAGGGCAUAUGAGAUGAGUAGUGAAUACAAGCAUGGAAAAGAUGCAAUAAACAAGCCAUCAUCAAAUGGAAGAGGACUUUCAAGAGUUUUUUCUGAAGAUUAUGAUGCAGGAGAGAUUUUAGUAUUCGAUCCUAGAGGACCAAGAAUAAAUUUAUGGAACAAAAUAUUCUUAGCAGCUUGUUUGAUUUCAUUGUUUGUGGAUCCACUUUUCUUUUACUUACCAGUUGCUAAGAAAGAAAAGUGUAUUGAUAUGUCAAUUGGUCUUGAAGUUUCACUUACUAUAAUUAGAACAUUUGUUGAUGCAUUUUACAUUAUUCAUAUCUAUAUUAGGUUUCAAACUGCUUAUAUUGCUCCUUCAUCUCGUGUUUCUGGUCGAGGAGAACUCAUUAUUGAUUCCUCAAAGAUUGCAUCAAACUACAUGAAAAAAGAACUUUGGUCUGAUCUUGUUGCAGCACUACCACUUCCUCAGGUACUCAUUUGGGCUGUAAUUCCAAAUAUAAAGGGGUCAGAAAUGAUUGCAUCAAGGCAUGUAGUUCGCCUGGUGUCCAUUUUCCAGUACCUAUUGAGGCUGUAUCUUAUUUAUCCUCUAUCAUCUAAGAUAACCAAGGCAAGUGGAGUAAUGAUGGAAAAAGCUUGGGCUGGUGCAGCUUAUUAUUUGACACUCUAUAUGCUUGCUAGUCAUGUUUUAGGAUCUACUUGGUACCUGUUAUCAAUUGAAAGACAAGAUGAAUGUUGGAAGAAAGCAUGUACCCUUCAAUAUCCACAUUGUCAGUAUCAUUAUCUUGAUUGUCAAAGCUUAAGUGAUCCAAAUAGGAAUGCUUGGCUUAAAUCAAGCAAUCUAUCAGGUCUAUGUGAUCAGAACAGUCAUUUCUUUCAGUUUGGAAUUUUUGAUGAUGCUGUGACUUUGGAAAUAACUAGCUCAAACUUCUUAACCAAGUACUAUUAUUGUCUUUGGUGGGGAUUAAGGAAUCUAAGUUCUUCAGGAGAGAAUCUCUUAACAAGUACACAUGUUGCAGAGAUAAAUUUCGCUGUGAUUGUUGCAAUUCUUGGAUUGGUCCUUUUUGCACUGCUCAUAGGAAAUAUGCAAACGUACCUUCAAUCCACCACUAUACGGCUGGAAGAGUGGCGAAUCAGAAGGACGGAUACAGAAAGAUGGAUGCAUCACAGACAGCUCCCUCAUUACCUGAAGGAAAAUGUUCGACGCCAUGACCAAUUUAGAUGGGUAGCUACUCGUGGAGUUGACGAGGAAGCAAUUCUUAGAGACCUUCCUGUUGAUCUAAGACGAGACAUUAAACGCCACCUUUGCCUUAAUCUAGUUAGACAGGUACCACUAUUCGAUCAGAUGGAUGACAGGAUGUUAGAUGCAAUAUGUGAAAGGCUAAAACCAACUCUAUGCACUCCAGGAACUUGCAUAGUUCGCGAAGGCGAUCCUGUCGACGAAAUGCUCUUCAUCGUUCGAGGACGUUUAGAUUCUUGCACGACCAACGGUGGAAGAACUGGUUUUUUCAACACCUGCAGAAUAGGCUCAGGCGACUUCUGCGGUGAAGAGCUUUUACCAUGGGCCUUAGACCCUCGUCCGACCGCUGUGCUUCCUUCAUCAACUCGCACAGUGAGAGCCAUCACCGAAGUGGAAGCAUUUGCACUCAUUGCCGAGGAUUUAAAGUUUGUAGCAGCACAAUUCCGCCGGUUACAUAGCAAACAACUGAGACAAACCUUUAGAUUCUAUUCACAUCAGUGGAGGACAUGGGCUGCAUGUUUUAUACAAGCAGCUUGGUUUCGGUAUAAGAGAAUGAAAGAGACAAAUGAGGUUAAGGAAAAGGAGAAUCUUAUGAUGAUGUCAAAUGUGAAAUAUUAUGGAAAUGAUGAUUCUCAAUAUUUCUCUGCACCUCUGCAGGUGCCAAAAGGAUCAAGUUAUUCAAUGUAUUCUGGAAAACUAGUAGGUAGUCUAAGGAGAGGAAGAAGCAUGAGAUAUGGUUCUGAACUUGAUAUGCUUGGUACAUUAAGGAAGCCUAUUGAACCAGAUUUUAAUGAUGAUGGUGAUUAAAGGAAAUUAAGGAAUGAAAAGUUGUUUGUAUGGAAAAUGUUUAUUAAUGAUUAGUAUUAAUUAGCAUCAUUGGUAGCAGAUUAUUUGUUCUGCUUAUUAGUUAAAUUAGUUAUAGUAAUACUUUGUAACUAUGCAGAACUUAUAUCAAUAUUAGGCUAGGGUCAAUGAUGGAAUUAGGAGAAAUUUUUGCAUGAAUAAACCAUUUGACAAUGGCUAUUAAGAGUUUUGUAUUAGAUGUAAUAUGAAUUGAAAAAGUAUUUAUAAAUAGACUAUAUUUCUCA